AUGGUUCAUUGUCCCACUGCAAUUUCGGUUGCGAUAGAUGGCAACUCCACUAAUGAUAUCGUAGAGAGUCAAGCGUAUUUAGCUGAAUGUGCAAGAUGUGAGGGUUUAGGUAAUGCAUUUUGCUCCCUUCACACAUGCGCUUAUGCAUUCCAUAUUGAGUGGGGCCCUAUACUCGGGUCUGAGUAA